AUGAGUUAUGUGAAUUCUUGUUCAGAUUUGCAUUCAACUAUUAAUGAACAAUCACUUCAUGAUCAAUCAUCUUCAAGUAUGAAUAUUGAUCAUUCAAAUAACAGUAAUUCUUGUUAUAGUUUUGAUUUUGACCUCUACAAUACUGAAACUUUUAAGCUUGUUCCUUAUGAUAAGUUGAUACAUAAGAAGCCUUUCAAAGGAUUGUUGUUUGAUUCGUUGGACAUUGGUCUUGACUUUUACAAGACUUAUGGUAAAGAAUCUGGUUUUGAUGUGAAUAUGUCAAGUCUAAAAAGAUACAAUGAUGGCACAAUUCGUAUUAGAUAUUCGACAUGUAGUAGAUCUGGUUUCACGGAGUCAUUCAAGAAUGAAAAUAUUAAUGUGAAAUUUUCAGAUGUUAAGGGAAGGAGAACUUCUUCUAAGACGAACGGAUGCCCUGCUGUUUCAAAGUUCAAGAAUCUCCGAUGUUCUUUAAUGUUCUACAUUUAUGUGUUUGUUGAAGAUCACAACCAUGAACUUGUUGCUCAAGAUCAGUUGCACUUAUUAAGGAUUAAUAGGACAAUGGAUUUUCUUGAUGAAUCCUUUAUACAUAAGAUUCCUAUUGAUGUUUAUAACCAUCCGGACUUCCAGAAGACAUUUUUUGAUAUUAUAUGGAAUCUUCAAUGUUCUCCACAAGAUUUUGAAAGUUCGUGGUCAACAAUGUUAGAUAAGUUUCAUCUAAAAGAAAAUGAUUGGUUAAGUGCAAUGGAGAAGCAAAGGCAUCAUCAAUCUUUAUUAGAUUAUCAGUCCACAACUACUACCCCCAAGCUAAGGACUCCUUUGGCUAUUGAAAAGCAUGCAUCGAAAAUUUAUACACAUAAUAUUUUCUUGGACAUUCAGAAAGAGUUAUACAAAUCUGUGUUUUAUUGUGUUCAAGAAUUUGUAGUUAUUGAAGAUAAAAGCGAAGUUUAUGUUUUGAGAGAUAAGAAGAAAAAAAAGUUGAUUGACAAAAAUGUGAAUGAGGAUGAAGAUUCUGAUGAUUUUUAUCGAAAUAGUCUUCCUUCUCAUUGUCCUAAUACUCGUUACAAGGUUGUAUUUAGUAGAAGGGGUGAUAGCAUUAGCAUCAGUUGUAGUUGCAUGCUUUUUGUCCAGGAAGGAUUGUUAUGUCGUCAUAUGUUUUUCAUAUUAAAUAUGAAAGAGUAUGAUGAAAUUCCAUCAACUUUCAUUUUGAGGAGAUGGAGAAAAGAUAUCAUAGCUGAUGGAUUGUUGAGAAAAAAGUGCUCAUAUCCUCAUAAAGGCAGUAAAAAUGAAUGUUUGAUUCAAGAUGCGUAUGCUAUUCUUCGUUUGUCCAUUAACAAGAUAGCAAAUAAUGAGGAUGAGUUGGCUAAAUAUAUAAAGCAACUUCAGGAGGUUAAUAGUGGUAUUCCUUUAUGUACCUCAUCAAGGGUAUCUUCGAAUAGAUCAGUUCACAUUGAAAAAAUUAUUGGAGCUGCAGUACCUGAUGUUAUCAACAUUCAUAAUCCAGAGGGGAUCAGAAACAAGGGAUGGGCCAGUGGUAAAAGAAUCAAGAGCACUAGAGAGAAAGUGAUUGAGAAAUCUAAAAAGGGUUCUAGGUUGUGCAGUUUAUGUCAUAAACCAAAUCACAAUGCUAGGAGUUGCAUUUUGAGGUUAAAGAAGUCUGAUUUAGAAUCUGAGGUUACAGAAGGCUGA